GGCUGGGAACAGACACAGCACUCUUCAUUAAACCUCAGCUUGUGACAGUUGUGACGUGCGAUGAUUGUGAUAUUAUUAAUUACCAAUGGCAGAUGUGAAGUGAAAAGAAGUUCAAAAGUCCGUCCGCAAACCACAAACAGCGGUCGUUUACACUCGUUUCCAUGGUGCUAAACAGAGAGCUUUUUUAUUUUAUUUUUUUUCUCUGCUUUUACAAGUCGUCAAAUUUUAACAUCUGCCAUCACUUUUUGGAAGAACUCGAUAGUAUCAGAAAGGCUACACUUUAGAAAUGAAUAAUAUUAACAACAACAAAGAUAACCAGAUAAUCGGAGUGGAUGCGCCAGAGGGGAGCUGAGCGCUCAUGAGGGAGGGACGAACCAAGUCAAGUUUGGAUUCAGGAGCGCACGGCCACAGCGAGAGCGACGGCACCAGGGGAGACACGGAACAUCUUCUCAUUCUGUUCCAUCUUAUUUAUUUCCCUCAUUGACUACACUGACUGCUGUCCCGGUCUUUUUUUGUUGUUGUUGUUAUUUUUGGAAAUAAAGGGGGAUCCUUGAUUGGGCACACAGGAGGACAGAAUGAAGCCUUCCAUGGGGUUGACUUUGAUGUUUCUUCUGAUCGAUUUGCAGACUCAAGACUGUGUCGCAUCCAAGGCAGAGGACCGGCUCUUCAGGAAGCUUUUCAGACGGUACAACCAGUUCAUCAGACCAGUGGAGAACGUUUCUGACCCUGUUACCGUGGAGUUUGAGGUCUCCAUCUCGCAGCUUGUUAAAGUCGAUGAGGUGAAUCAGAUCAUGGAAACAAAUUUAUGGCUCCGACAUAUUUGGAACGACUACAAAUUAAGAUGGAUGCCAGCAGAGUUUGAUGGGAUUGAAUUCAUCCGAGUUCCCUCAAACAAGAUUUGGAGACCUGAUAUUGUUCUCUACAACAAUGCUGUGGGUGACUUCCUGGUAGAGGACAAGACCAAAGCCUUGCUGAAGUAUGACGGUACGAUCACCUGGGUUCCUCCUGCCAUUUUUAAAUCCUCGUGCCCGAUGGAUAUCACCUACUUCCCUUUUGACUAUCAAAACUGCUCCAUGAAGUUUGGCUCCUGGACUUAUGACAAAGCCAAGAUUGACCUUGUACUCAUUGGAUCCAAGGUAAAUCUCAAAGACUUCUGGGAAAGCGGGGAAUGGGAAAUCAUUGACGCGCCGGGCUACAAGCAUGACAUCAAGUACAACUGCUGUGAGGAGAUCUACCCGGACAUCACGUACUCCUUCUACAUCCGCCGCCUGCCGCUGUUCUACACCAUCAACCUCAUCAUCCCCUGCCUCCUCAUCUCUUUCCUCACAGUGCUGGUUUUCUACCUCCCAUCUGACUGUGGAGAGAAGGUCACGCUCUGUAUCUCCGUCCUGCUCUCCCUCACUGUGUUCCUGCUCGUGAUCACAGAGACCAUCCCCUCAACAUCACUGGUCAUCCCCCUCAUCGGAGAGUACCUGCUCUUCACGAUGAUCUUCGUCACCCUCAGCAUCGUCAUAACCGUGUUCGUGCUGAACGUGCACUACCGCACGCCCAUGACGCACACCAUGCCGUGCUGGGUGCGGUCCGUGUUCCUCAAAGUGCUGCCCAGGAUCAUGCUGAUGCGUAGGCCGAUAGAUGAGGAGGGUAGGGCCGGGUGGUUGGACGGCAGUGGGGAAGCAGGAGGAGCUGGAGGGGGAGGAGGAGGCGGAGGAGGGAAAGGACGGAGGAAGAGGAAGAACAGCUUGAUUCAGCAGGUCGGAGGAGGCUCUCUCAACUGUCUGGAGGUUGGUGGGGACAGUAAGCUCGCGGCCAUGGAGGGCUGCACUGGCAAGAAAUGUCCCUGCCCCUGCCAGCACGUGAGGGAAACCCCAGAGACACCAGAGUCUGGGAAGGUGCCUCGUCAGCUGAGUCCACAGAGCAUAAACACGGUGAUGGCCUUCUCCGUGGUGUCGCCCGAGGUCAGACAGGCCAUCGAGAGCGUCAAGUACAUAGCUGAGAACAUGAGGAGCAGGAACAAGGCCAAAGAGGUAGAAGACGACUGGAAGUACGUUGCUAUGGUCAUCGACCGAAUCUUCCUCUGGGUCUUUGUGACGGUGUGCAUCCUGGGAACCAUGGGUCUUUUCAUCCAGCCCCUCUUUGGUUUCGUCUCGUAACUGUUGCGAAACUCUGGAUUCUCAGCCACAUUGUGAUAACCAACACUAAGAGAACUCUCCUUUCUCUGUCGACUCAUUACUGGAUGCAGUUCUGAGCCUUAAGGCAUCACUGGAUGUGCGCUGGCUUUCCUCCUUGCCUUGAAAAGUUAAGAGAGAAUUUUAAUUUAAUUAGUUGGUGUACUGCAAUAUGGUAACAAAGAUUGUCAGCUGAGCUGAUAUAUAAUCUAGGUUGUUGCAUUUUAGUUCUGAUUUAUACGUGAUGUACAUGCAGGUAAAUUGAUUACCAGAGUAAAAUGUGAAAAAAAAACUGCUGCAGAAAACCCACAGUCAUUGAAUCAGGGAAAUAAUUUGUGCAUUGUAGAAAACAUACACAGAAAAGAAGGCUGCAAUGUUUUAAUGACUUGGUCAAAGAAAACAGAGCCACGUUGCUCUCCAAUUAGCUCUGUUUUUGGGUUGCAUAAAAUAACAGGUUAGUGCACCAGCAACACGACUUAGAAGUUCUGUUUUAAUGGAGGCCUCUGACAGCAAUCAUGCAAAAUCACAAUAAUCAGGGAUUCAUCUUGUAUUUUAAAUGAGAUACCUUUAAACAAAUAUGAAUGAUUUUGCUAGAUGAUUAUUCCGGUUUGGGUUGAAAUCAGCAGCACAUUCAGUGAUACUUAGGAGUUGAACAUCAUCCAGUAUUUGCCAGUGAACUGGAAACUUUCAAAACAAGCACAUGACACAAACUCUCUCUAACCUGUCAAAGUCAACCAUGCGUCCACCAUCCAGUGAGGUACACAGCUGGAUAGCUGUAACACAAGCUGCUCAAAACUCUGCCGUGAAAGGCAAUUCUAAUUAUUUGUGGUUUUGCAUAAUUUAUGUUCUACUUUUAAAUUUCGGGCAUUACCUGCAGGACUUUUUUUUUGUUUCUGGCUAUUUAUUUAUUUAUUUAUUUAUUUAUUUAUUUAUUUAUUUAUUUAUUUAUUUAUUUAUUUAUUUAUUUAUUUAUUCAUUUAUAGUAAUUACAAAAUAUGUCAUUACUGAUGCCAUGUCUGGUUAUUGUUUUAUAAGCUAAUUGAAUGGCCUUGUAAAUGCUCAGUGAAAUUAUGCUUGAUUAGUUUCUCUUAAAAUAGCAGCCCAUUUAUGAUUCCAUCAGAGGGCUCUUAAUGCCCAAUUCCAUGGCUAAUAAUUAAACCUUUUUUUUCAUGUCACUCAGGAUUAGUCUUAUUACUGAACUCAAAAGUGUAUAAGAUGCAUGCAUGAGAAAAAUGACGAAUGCUUUCACCCCAGAGCUCGGUGAUACAGUGAGUUAAUGAUUACUGUAACUAAUAAUAGCCCAGGAUUAGCUUUUUCUCUAUGUGUGAAUAUGUUUGGAUUUGUACAACAGGAUGUGCGUUUCCAGUUAACUCUGCAAAAGCACCAAAAGAGAAGAGAAAUUAAAAAGGCAAUACAAUCAGGAGCAGUCACAGGCCAUUUUAGUAGGUCCACCUUUCCAUUUGCUUACUAGAAUUAGCACAAAUAAAGCAUCAGCCAGUCACAGAGACUCAAUGUGUUUGGGGCUCUAGAUGUGAAAUUGACUUGCUAAAAGAUCAGCAUCCGAAUGGCGAUUAAAGGGGAUUUUAAUUACUUUGAGGGUGAUAGGUCAUUAACAACUAUCUCUCAAGUUUACAAAGAAAGAGAAAAUAUCAAGAAGGCGCCAUUAAUGUCGUAGAAGAACAUGAGAAACUCAGGAACGAAUGUUCAGACUGCUUCCUGAUGACAGAAAGGUAAAGGUAGCUCUGAUAACCCCCUGCAGCUACUAACGGAUGAAAACUACAGUCUCUGAAAGCACAACACCUUGACCCUUGAUGCAGAUGGGCGCCAGCUAAGAAAAAGAAAACAGAGGCUAAAAUUCACACAGGCUUACUGGAAUUGGACACGAUCGACUGGAAAAGUGUGGGCUUGUCCACUGAAUCUUACUUUCAGUUUUCAAAAGGGAGUCCAACUUGGUCCUGGCAAGGUGUACCUAAUAAAUAGACCAGUGAGUGAAUUAGCUGCAAGCACAAAAGUUUGUCAAACUAAGUUUUGAAAAAGAAAAAAAACGUUUUAUGUAAAAAAAAAACAAAAAAAUAAGUGGUUAUUUUUGUAGAAAUGAGUGAAACCUGAAAACAGUUUCUACUAAAUAAAACAUAAUGUGAUAUGAACAUAAACAUGAUUUUAUAGUGUUGACAUAUUUGUUUUAUUUUAUGACAUGAUGGACUUUUGACAUUACUGCCAUCUGGUUUUUCUUUGACUUUUCUGGAAAAGUUCAAGAAGUUCAAGUUUUAUUGUCAGUUUAUUGUCAUCUUUCAACAAUGCUGAUCAUUCAUUAAAUAUUUGCCGUUCUUUUUUUUAUUUAUUUAUUUUUUACAUUUUUUAACCAGGAUGCAUUUUAUGUUUUUGAAAAUCCUACUGCCAAUUUCAUCUUCCAUAAUAAAUAUGGCGUUUUUCUC